AUGGAGCCAGCGACUGGAGCUGCUUUGUUUUUCCAGGGAGGUCUUUUCUCGUCUCUGUGUGCGUUCCUGUGCUUCAGGGACAGAAGCACAGGAACGUCCAGCGUGUUCUCGCCCUCGCUCGCCCCGUCCCCCUCGCUCACCCUCGCUCGCCCUCGCUCGCCCCGUCCCCCUCGCUCACCCUCGCUCGCCCUUGCCCGACCCAUUCUCCUCCCUCGUCUUCGCUCGCCCUGUCCCCCUCGCUCACUCAGUCGCCCUCGCUCGCCCCAUUCUCCUCCCUCGCCUUCGCUCGCCCCGCCCCCCUCGCUCACCCUCGCUCCCCCUCGCCCGCCCCAUUCUCCUCCCUCGUCUUCACUCACCCCGUUCCCUCGCUCACCCUCCCUCACCCUUUCCUCCUCCCUCGCUCUCGCUCGCCCCGCCCCCCUCGCUCACCCUCGCUCCCCCUCGCUCGCCCCAUUCUCCUCCCUCGUCUUCACUCACCCCGUCCCCCUCGCUCACUCAGUCGCUCUCGCUCGCCCCGUCCCCCUCGCUCACCCUCCUUCGCCCCAUCACCCUCGCUCGCCCCAUUCUCCUCCCUCGCCCUCCUCGCCCCAUCAUCCUCCCUCGCCCUCCCUCGCCCCAUCACCUUCGCUCGCCCCCCUCCUCCCUCGCUCGCCCCGUCCCCCUCGCUCGCCCCAUCACCUUCGCUCGCCCCAUCCUCCCCUCGCUCGCCCCGUCCCCCUCGCUCGCCCCAUCACCUUCGCUCGCCCCAUCCUCCUCCCUCGCUCGCCCCGUCCCCCUCGCUCGCCCCAUUCUCCUCCCUCAUCUUUGCUCACCCCGUCCCCCUCGCUCACCCUCCCUCGCCCCAUCACCCUCGCUCACCCCAUCCUCCUCCCUCGCCUUCCCUUGCUCGCCCCAUCAUCCUCCCUCGCCUUCUCUCACCCCGUCCCCCUCGCUCCUCCUCCCUCGCCCUCCUCGCCCCAUUCUCCUCCCUCGUCUUCGCUCACCCCGUCCCCCUCGCUCACCCUCCCUCGCCCCAUCCUCCUCCCUCGCCCUCCCUCGCCCUCCCUCGCCCUCCCUCGCCCCAUCCUCCUCCCUCGCCCUCCCUCGCCCCAUCACCCUCGCUCGCCCCAUCCUCCUCCCUCGCUCACCCCGUCCCCCUCGCUCGCCCCAUCAUCCUCCCUCGCUCUCGCUCGCCCCAUCACCCUCCCUCGCCCCAUCCUCCUCCCUCGCCCUCCCUCGCCCCAUCACCCUCGCUCGCCCCAUCCUCCUCCCUCGCUCUCGCUCGCCCCGUCCCCCUCGCUCGCCCCAUCAUCCUCCCUCGCCUUUGCUCGCCCCGUCCCCCUCGCUCGCCCGUGCCUGCCGGCAUUAGUCCCGGUCACUUCUGGCAGCAGACCCUCCAGCCCGGUGGAGCGGCCCCCCGGGGGCAGUGCCCUGCGCCUCCUGUGGUGGUGGUGCUCAUGGCGGCGCUGAAGCGUUUAAUGCUGUCAUCACGAGCGCUUGACUUUCCUCUCGGUCCUGCGGCGGCUCUGGAGGCGUGACUUUCAGACAUCUUUGAGGUCCUGGAGGAGCAGAUGCUGAGGCGGUGCCUGGCAGGUCGCUGCUCUGUGCUUUAUUUGCCGCCUGCAGACAGACAGGUGGUGAUGUUAUAUUAGAGCUCAGAGCCGCUGCUGCUGCAACGCUGCCCUGCGUUCGUCUGUUUGCCGUCCUUCCCAACGCUCACGGCUCCUUUCUCCUUUUUGUUAUUCUCCAGUUCAUUUUCUCACUAAUCCUAUUUACUUAAGACGAGGAUCAGAGAAGUUCUAAUAAUGGAAGGAAGAGGAGUGGCCGAUCAGGCGCCGGUGUGUGACUGAAACAAGCCGUCUCUCGGCCUCUGAGCUCGUGUGACUGGGAACGGCCAAACCUCAGUGUGGAACCAGUUUGAGAUGUUUGAGUGGGAGGACAGGAAGUGAGGGGACACAAUGGAGCGUCUGCGUGUUUAGCUGGAGAUGGGAUCGUUGAGAUGAUACGUGUCCAUGGUAACAAUGACAGUGGAAACAUUAGCUCCUGGAACACAACAGUGCAGGUGGAAACGUGAGGAGCAGCUUCGGCUCCAUCAUUUUUUUCUGUUGUUGAUGGACGAGUGCGAAGCUGAAGUGGAAUCAAACGUGUCCAGUGUUUUGAGCACGAUGCUGGUGGCGGCUUCAUCUCCACCGAUCUGUGCAUCCAUGACGGGGACUAAUCAGGAGCCGACCUGUGCAGCGGUGGAACACACACGCACACACACGCGCACGCACACACGCACGCACACACACACACACACGCACGCACACAACACACGCACGCACACACCGCAC